AUGCCAAAAGCCGCAGCGUGGGCCCUUCGCGUGCGUGCGCUCGCAGUCUACAAGGAGCUGCAUGGCCACGUGGUCGUGCCGUACCGCUACAGCGUGCCCAAGGACGACGAGCGAUGGCCUCGCGAGACGUGGGCCCUGCCGCUCGGCAACGUCGUGCACAAGCUCCGGCAGUCGCACGCGUCGCUGCCGGCCGACCGACGCGACGCGCUCGAAGCGCUCGGGUUUGCUUUCUCGGGGCUCAAGACGACACUCACAUGGUCCGAUAAAAUGGUUGCGCUCUCGACCUACAAGCGCCUGUGCGGCCACCUGCGCGUACCCACAGCGUUCGUCGUUCCGGACAAUGACAGCAGCUGGCCGCGGUCGCUGUGGUGCCUCAAGCUCGGCGGUAUCGUUCAAAAGCUGCGGAAAGCAGGCCACACGCUCGACCACGCCAAGCGCCUCGAUCUCGUCGCGCUCGGUUUCGUUUGGAGCUUGAAGCGCAAGCGUGCACCAUCACCACCGCCAGCAGCCUCGCCGCCCGUACUCAUAGCCUCGAACUCGGUCCUUCCACCACCUCCGCCGAUCGUGGAGACGUACCUGCCGCUGCCGUCGUACGAGAGCCCAUUGGUGCCGCUGCAGCGAAAGCGCGCGUCGGCCACGCACUCGAGCAUCUCGCUCCAGAGCCAGCGCCUCCUCGUGCAGCUCGCGUCCUUGCACUAUGGCCAUGCGAUGCCGAGCAAGUUUUGUGUGCCAGCGACCGCGCCAUGGCCGCCGGAGGCCCACGGGCGCACGAUUGACGUCGACGUCAUGCGCCAAGCCUACAAGCGAGGCAUGCUCGAUCCGAGUGUCGUCGCAGCGCUGAACCGCGUUCACUUUGUCUGGAGCGUGCGGCAACACCACAUGGAGACGCACUUGGUCGCGCUGCGAACCUUCCAUCGCCUCUUUGAGCAUACCGAGGUACCAUACCGAUUUGUCGUCCCCACACAGAACGAACCAGAUGCAAGUCUAUGGCCCUCGAGCGUGCAUGGUCUCCACCUCGGAAACGUGGUGCACAAGUGGCGCCAACGCCAGGGCCGACUCACGCCGGCGCAGCGCGCGCAGCUCGACGCCCUCGGCUUCGUGUACGACGCGACGCGUAGUCCGUACAUCGAGUGGUCGGACAAGGUACUGGCCUUGCAGACCUACAAAGCACUCGCAGGCCAUGUCCGCGUCCCAAAAUCGUUUGUCGUGCCAGACAAAGACCUCAACUGGCCGCCGCAGCUGUGGGGCAUGAAGCUGGGCGGCGUCGUUGACAAGCUCCGGCGUGGCCUCGACGGCUUGACCAACGACCAGCGUGCAACCUUGGCGAGCCUAGGGUUCGUCGGCAAGCAUGGGCGGGCGCUGGCGUCCGACGAGGCAACCAGCGUUGUGCCCAUUUAG